CGCGGCUUAUUAGCAGCUGCGUCAGCCUGCUGGGACUCAGUUUUCAGCAGAGUCCAGAGUGGGCAGCACUGUCGAACAAGCUGAACAGAAGCACAGUUCUAGUAGCUGACUGAGAGUCUCGACAAUGGCGUCACAGGGUAACCCAACGAUGGCCAACAAGGGUCCCUCCUAUGGAUUAAGCCGCGAAGUGGCCAACAAGAUUGACAAGAAGUAUGACGACAACCUCGAGAACCAGCUGACCGAGUGGAUUGUGGCCCAGUGUGGAGAAUCCGUGGGUCGGCCGCAGACUGGGCGACUGGGCUUUCAGGCCUGGCUGAAGGAUGGCAGUAUCCUGGCCCACUUAAUCAACAGCCUGCAUCCAAAGACCAGCCCAGCCAUUGCCAAGCCAGACCGGACAAGUAUGGCCUUCAAACAGAUGGAGCUCGUGUCUCAGUUCCUCAAGGCAGCGGAGAACUAUGGGGUGAACAAGACCGACAUCUUCCAGACUGUAGAUCUCUGGGAAGGCAAAGACAUGGCUGCUGUUCAGAGGACUCUGAUGGCACUGGGCAACAUUGCGGUGACGAAAGAGGAUGGCUUCUUCAAGGGAAACCCAAGUUGGUUCAACAAGAAAGCACAGGAGAACCGGCGGGAAUUCUCAGACGAGCAGCUACAGGAGGGCAAAAGCAUCAUCGGGCUGCAGAUGGGCAGUAACAAGGGGGCAUCACAAGCGGGCAUGACGGGCUACGGACUCCCAAGGCAGAUCAAGUGAACGCAAGGGUGCCAAACUGUACAAAGACCAAAGGAAUGGGAGUUGCUGACUCCCACCCGCUCCACCACAGGGUCCUGCUUGAGGCUUCGAUUUUUUUUUUCUCUCCAUAAAGGGUGGUCCCUGUACUCCUCCUCCAUCUUCUUGUAUGAUAUUCACAAUAAAGCAAAUACAACUGA